AGUUAUCUUUAAAAAGAGAUUUCCCCAUGAAGACAAUGAAUGCCAUUUUUACUUUUGAAAGCCAACUCUAUUGCUCAUUUUAGUUUGUAAUAUUCAGUUGUCAUGGCUGAUCAUUACUGUGCUAGACUGUGAGAUGCUAAGUGUGUGUGUGUGUGUGUGUGUGUGAGAGAGAGAUUGUAUAACUGAUGUCGCCUUGCAGCAACAGCAAAUGCCUUUACCACAAUACAGACAGAAUAAAUUGAACAGAGGCAGAGAGAUGGGUAUGUUAAGAGUGUGAAAACCUCAUGCCUUCAUGUUGGUCACUUUUUUGUUCCCAUGUGUGUGUAUGGGGACACAUUUCUGAGAAUGUCUUCAGAUGAAUAGCAAUAAGCCAAAAUAUACCACAAAAUAUACCAAGGCAAAAAGGUUCUCAACACUUGAAUUCAUAUCUAAUGACAAAAUCAGCAUUUUAGAGUUGGUCUUUACUAAUUUUAAUUGGGUUAUAUUAAGAACAAGUGUGAAAGGGAAGUCCCCACGAAAGUAUGUUAUCAGUGUGAUUGUGUGUGUAUGUGAGUAUGUUCACUCCUGUCCUUUCUCACCCUCCGGAAAGGAACAGUCGUACCCACCUCUUCCCUUUGUUCUCCCACAAAAAUAUCCACACACACACUUACACAAACCAUCAACAGGUGCCUGCCAGGGUAGAGUCCACACAUUCCUUUCUCCCUCCCAUAAUUCCCUUUCCUCCCAACCAAUCACACGCCUGCUUUUCACAAGUUGCAGGGAGUAGAAAAGUGAUGAGGUGAACAUGUCAGGGUUUGGUAGGAAAGGUCCGGCACUGUAAUUAACACGAGGUUCAGCACUGUAAUUAGCUGUUUGUUAGAGAGAGGACAGACACUGUGGAGUGGGAUAUGCAAGUUAGUGUGAGCUUGUUAAGGUGUGUUUGUGCGUGGUGCCAGUGGUGACGGCUGGUGCCAGACUGUGGAUAUACCGAUUGUACUUAUAAUGAAGACUCUGCUUUGGGUUGUGUGGUGCUGCUGGCUUCUAACUCUCACAGUGGCAUCCGAGGCUGAGCGGAGGCUACUGGAGGAUUUGUUUCAGGAUUACAACCUGAAGGUGCGACCAGCACGUACCUGGAAUGAGCGAGUGAUGGUCCGAGUGGGAAUGACUUUAGUACAGCUCAUCAGCUUGAACGAGAAAAAUGAAGAGAUGACAACAAACGUGUUCAUGAAUAUGGAAUGGACAGAUUACAGGUUAUCUUGGAAUCCUGAGGACUAUGACAGUAUUGACGUUGUGCGAAUUCCUCCCUUAAAAGUGUGGCGUCCAGACAUCUAUCUAAUCAACAAUAAUGAUGGUCAGUUUGACGUUGCCCUGUAUGUGAAUGUGCUAGUGAGGAGUGAUGGAACCGUGUCCUGGUAUCCACCAGCCAUCUACCGCAGCUCCUGUUCCAUAGAGGUGGCGUACUUUCCAUUUGACUGGCAGAACUGCUCGAUGGUGUUUCGUUCCUACACAUAUGAUUCCUCAGAAGUGGACCUUCAGUACGGUCUAGAUGAAGAUGGCAACGAGCUCCAUGAGAUAGUGAUUGAUGAGAAUGCAUUCACUGAGAAUGGUGAGUGGCAGAUUUGUCAUAAGCCCAGCAGAAAGAACAUCCACGAUGACUUGUAUGAGGACAUCACCUUUUAUCUGAUCAUUGAGAGGAAGCCCCUGUUCUACAUCAUUAACAUCAUCGUGCCCUGCAUCCUCACCAGUGUGCUGGCCAUAUUUGUCUUCUAUCUGCCACCUGGUGCAGGUGAGAAGAUGACUCUGUCUAUCUCAGUCCUCAUUGCUCUCACUGUUUUCAUGCUGUUGUUGGCUGACAAAGUUCCGGAAACAUCACUUGGCAUACCGAUCAUCGUUAACUAUGUAAUGUUCACCAUGAUCCUGGUGACGUUCUCAGUCAUCCUUAGUGUGGUGGUCCUGAACCUUCACCACAGGACUCCCAGCACACACCACAUGCCCGUAUGGGUGAGAAAGAUUUUCAUCAACUUACUGCCCCGUUACUUGGGUGUGCUGAGGCCCCAAACUGAGUUACCGGUGGAGGACGAACCAAAAGAAAACAUCCCAUUGGGUUAUCUGGACAAAGGUCUUAAACCUGGAGGUGAAUAUUUCAUCCGAAAGAUCAACCCAGAGCUGGUAUUGCCUUGGAGAGGAAGUUAUAAUGAGAGUACUGUGAAGUUGCAGAGGUUUUCAAACAGUGACAACUAUUGUCUGAUUCUGCCUCCGAAUCUCAAAUCUGCGAUCGCCGCCGUCACGUACAUGGCUGAACAAUUGAAGAAACAGGAUGUGGACGAUACUAUGACAGAUGACUGGCAGUACAUUGCUGUGGUUUUGGAUCGUCUCUUCUUUUGGCUCUUUGUCAUCAUUACUACGCUGGGCACACUGGCCAUGUUUCUGGAUGCCAGUUUCAACUACACUCCUGACCAACCUUUUCCCUGAGUACAUCAUCCCUUCAACGACAAGCACACACAGCUACUGAACAUAAAACAUAGUUAGACUGUAGUUUGGGUGGACUGACUCUAGGGGGCACCAGAAAAUCAUCUUUCUUCUCCAUCAAUCCUCUUUCUUUCUUUCUUUCUGUUGAUGUUUUCAUGACAAUAUAUUUGUUAUUUUCAAGCACUUUCAGUUCAUCAACUACGCUUAUGAUAACAAAUUUGCGUUUAUUACUUACUGUAUUAGGUCAGUAUAUUUAAUAAAACUUUAAGAAUAAUUAUUUUACUUCUUAAGAUAUUAAAAAAGUGUU